AUGGCUGCCCUCUUUAUCAACAAGAUGCUGAUUGUGAACAAUAAGGAUAGCGAUGAGUUGGAACUGGAACGUGAACUCAACCGUGCGCUGGAGAACAAAGUCAUGCUCCUGUAUUUUGGCUCCAGCGAGUGUCCUGAAUGCAAGGAGUUUUCACCCAUCCUGAAGGAAUUUUUUGUGAGGCUCACAGAUGAAUUUUAUGUGGAGAGGGCCUCCCAGCUGGUCCUGGUCUAUGUGUCACUGGACGAGACUGAGGAGAAGCAAGAAAAGUUUCUGAAAACGAUGCCCAAGAGGUGGUUGUUUUUACCCUUUCAUGAUGAGUUCAAGAGGGAGCUGGAAUUGAGAUUUUCUGUGAAGACCCCUCCAGUAGUGGUAGUGCUGAAGCCAAAUGGAGACAUCAUCACUGCAAAUGCUGUAGAGGAGAUCAGGCAGGCUGGCCCAGCUUGCUUCAAGAACUGGCAGGAGGCAGCCGAUCUGGUGGAGAGGAACUUCCAGUUGCCAGAGGACUUUGACCCUGUGACUUUGAGGAGCAUCACUGAUCCCAUCCGCCGAUUCAAGUACAAAGUGGCAAAGGACAAAAAGAGAAAGAUAGGCAAAGAUGAGUCUGAGGCUGAUGGGUUCUCCUGA